AUGUCGCGGACUGGCGGCGGGUUUGGCAUUGCGUUUGAGAGCAGUACGAGGAGUGCGUUGGGUGAGGUGUUGGAGGAGAAUGGGUAUGUGGGACGGAGGGUGGAGAGUCCGGUUGGGGAUAGGGUAGGGGAUAAGGAGGAGGAGGAGGAGGAGGAGGAGGAGGAGGAGGAGGGGGAAGAUGAGGAGACGGUGGUGCAGAGGGCGGUUUUGUUGGAGAGGUUUGCGUUGUUGAAUUUGGAGGCGGGGACGAGGAGGAGGAGGGCUGCGACGGUUGGUCGGGUGGAAUGA